AAAAAAGAAGAAAAAAAAUCUCUAAAAUUAAAUUUAAUGAAAAACACAGAAAAUAUGAGUAAUUAAAGUAUUCAAACAGAUUAAGUAUUAAUUAAAGGCACUAAUAAAGGUAACAACAAUGGUUGAGAAGGAGAAAAGUGAUGAAAUUAAGGCGGAAGAUGAUGGAAAUGAAGAGGAAAAUUGCACAAAAGCGGCAUAUCCAACAGUUUUCACGAAAACCGUAACACUUCCGAUGCUUUUAAAGUCUGGAAUUUUGUCACCGGGAAAGUCUACAAUGUCUAUUGAGUAUAUGGGUCAGAAAUUUAUUGGGGAUCUCAUGGAUGAUGGAAAAAUUAAAUCACAAGAAACAGAAACAGUCUUCUGCUCGCCAAGUGCUUGGGCCAUAAAUUGUAAAAAGAUUAUUAAUCCUGACAAAAAAUCAGGAUGCGGAUGGGCCUCUGUUAAGUACAAGGGAAAGAAGCUUGACAUUUAUAAAGCGAUGUAUCAUAAAAAGUGCCAACAACAAAAGGAUCAACAAGACAAUCCGAGUGAAGAUGAAGAAAAGGAGGAGAAAGAAGUGAUAACAAAACCAGUAGAGCUACCAAUACCACCGAAUAAGAAUUUGAUGCAGCACGGAACAAUUUGUAAUCGAUCGAUACUGCAAGAUGUAAAUACAUUGGUAGAGGCUGUGCCAUUUACCAAUAUGGGAAGAAUUCAACCAUUUCAUGUAAACAUCAGAUCGUCAGUAAUUCUAUUAAUCGAUUUUCAUUGCCAUUUAACGACAAACGAAGUUUGUGGAUAUUUGGGAGGAACGUGGGACUUUAAUACUCACAAUUUGACUGUUACACAUGCAUUCCCGUUUCUAAAUUCACGAUUCGAUCGUGAAAAAUCAUCAGAAUGUGAAUAUGAGAUACAAAAAUCUAUGCUUGACAAGAAUAUACAGUUAGUAGGUUGGUAUCAUACACAUCCACGAUUUGCAGCACAGCCAACAAUGCGAGAUUGUGACAAACAGCUUGAUUAUCAGAUAAAAUUAAGAGGAACUUCCGACUCGAAUUAUUCACCUUGUGUUGGAUUCAUAUUUUCCUCAUAUUGUGACGAGGAUGUUGAGAAUGAGUCACAAAUUACGCCAUUCUGGGUUUUACCACCACCAGAAAAUCGACCACACGAAUUGGGACGUCCUUUAAUGGUAAAUUACAACACACAUAAUGAUGAGAAAUUACCAGACGAAAUUAAGGAACAAAUGAGAACAUGCAUUGAUUAUUACAAACAGUUUCAAUACGAAAUCAUUGACUUUGUGGAAAUUAAAUUGAAAGAUGAUCAAAAGGUGCUGGAAAAGAUGAAAAAUUCACUAUUUCUGAAAUUUCCUCUUGAGGAUCAAACAAGUGGCGAAUUAUGGAACUGGAUUCUUGAUUUACUUGGAUUGGAACUCGAAAAUCCAGUAAUUAUCCCACGAAAGAUUCUCGAACGUAAGAAGCAGCUUGAAGUGGAAGAAAAGGCACGCGAGGAAGCAGCUAUGAAAGAAAGAGAAAAAAUCCAGAAAGAAAUUGAAAUGGAAAAACGAUUAAAAGAAGAAAGGGAACAAGAAGCUGCAAAACAAGCACUAAAUGCAAUUUCUUCACUCCAGCAUCAAUUAAGUCAGCCAUCUGGAUUAAAUAUGACACCAUCACCAAUUUCCUCAUCUCCAAUGCCAGCAACAACAAAUGUUAAACCUAGUUCCACAUCCACAAAUGCAUCAUCCUCGCCACGAGACAGUCCAGCAACAAUUCCUUCGACAGCAACAAGUCCUGCUAAAUUUGAAAUUCCCGUACGUGCAAGUCCAUCACCUGCUAAAUCUGAUACAUCAUCAGUUCGAGCACGAAACUCGCCUAUUCCGAAUACAUCAAAGUUACCCGAACGACCAUCCAGAAAUAGUUCUGCUGUAAGUUCUGGUAGUUCUAAAUAUGAUCUCGGUUAUACGAAUAAUUUAAGUGAUCUCUAUGCUGCAACAUUAUCAUCAUUCGCAAAAAGUUUACCUGGUCUAUUGCCGUCUGAUUAUACAGCAUUGCUACAAAGUGCGAAAUUGCCAAUGUCUGAUUUUGGAAUGUCAGCUUUGGGCUCAUUACAGGCAUCAGCUGCUGCUUUAUCAGGAGGUGGAAACUAUUCGCCAACAAUGUCAGGUUCAAGUGGCGGCAAAAAAAGUUCAACGCACACAUCAGCACAACAAUCUUCAACAUCAUCACCAUACUCAUCAAAUAAUAAAAACAACACAUCGUCAUCAAAUACAGGAAAUUCAUCAAGUCUAAAUUCAAAGAAUUCAAAUUCAUGGCUCUCACAAAUUCCAAACAUGAAAGAAUUUAUGAAUCAGCUUGAAAAAGGCGACUUAAGUGUCCUAAUGCAAUCUCCAUACAACAUUCCAACAUGUAAGCCAUCAUCGAAAAGUAAGACAUCAACAUCAACGUCUGGAUCAUCGAGGAUGGAUUACAGUAAUCAAGACAUGAGUCGAGAACCGAAUAAUACACAAACUGGAUCAUCUACAUCAACGACUGCAAGUAAGAGAAAAGGACGUCCACCGAAUGCACCGUCAGCAGCAGCAUAUGAGUAUGAUUUAUACUCAAAAUCUGAUGUUGGAAAGAUUUCAGACUUGAUGAAAUCACCAGAAUAUACACAAAUGUUAAUGAAUCAAGCGAAUGCAUUCAGAAGUUUGGGUUCAGAAAUAACAGUGACAAGAAAACCAUCAACAAGCUCAACAACAAGCUCCUCGUCAUCAGCAAGUGGAAGUAAGAAAUCAUCGUCAACGAAUCAACCUCAAUCAGCUUCAAAUUCAGCAGCUGCCAACAAUGCAUCACUCUUAAAUCGUUUACCAAUUAUGGAUCUCAAUUAUUUGGCAGAAAUCUCAAAAUCAAUUCCUGAAUUAAAUGCAUUACUUAAUUCAAAUAAGCCAGAAGAUAUAAACGCACUCUUACAGAUGCAAAUGAUGGCUAAAAAUAUGGAUUAUGCUACAGCAUUUUUUGGUGGUGCUGGCGGUAAUUCAAGUCCAAAUAGUAAAGGAAAUUCGGCAAGUGUUGCAGCACAAACGAAAGCAAUGCAAGAAUUUGCAGCCAAUUCUAAUAUGUUAUCACAAUACAUGUCAGGAGCAUCAAAUUUGAAUCUUUUUAAUCCAAUGUAUGGCGCCAUGUCCGGUGGAACUAUGACAUCACUUGAGAAACAAACAGCAAAAGAAAUGAAUAAUUCAAAUAAUAAUUCAAGAAAGCGCGAUAAUCGAUCAAAUUCAAGCUCAACAGCUAGUAGCCGAGCACAAGCGAAUAUAAAUGCAGCUCCAAAUGCUGCUGACAUGCUGAAUAGUCUGUUUGCGAGUGCCACAAAAGGUGGUGCAGGUAAUUUAAUUCCACCAGAUUUAAGCUCGUAUUUUGCAGCAUCUGGAAUUAAUUUACCUGCAACAACAACAGCAUCAGCAUCUUCAUCUAAAGGAAAUAAUAACAGUAAUAAUGGGAAUCCAUUAAGCACAUCUGGUGGUGGAAUAAUUCAUGGAGCUAUGGACUAUUCAUCACUAUUUUCGCACAUGACACCAACAAAAUUACAAGAAAUGACAUCACUUUUUUCACAAUCAAAAUAUCCUGGAAUUCCAGAUCCGUUAGCUAAAAGUACCUUGGCAGCAAAUAAUGCAUACUUAUCACCAUCACUUAUGAAGCUUCAACAAGAAGCACUAAAUACACAACUCAUGAAACCGCCAAAAUCCUCAUCGAGUUCAUCUUCAAGUAAGAUUGAAACACCCCCAUUGCCAUCUCCAAAUUUAUCCGAAAAACGUUCAACGCCAACGAAAUCGUUAAGGGAUAGUCCAGCGACAAUUCCGAAAUAUAACUUUAGUGCAGCAGAUUUGGCCAUAUCAAGUCAUGUUGAAAAUACACGAAAAUCGACACCGCCAGUUGAUUUGGCAUCAUCAAAGGAUCGAAGUGUUCCACCUAAAAAGCGUAUGGAAUUUUCAUCUAUUGCUGAACUUGUUGCACCGUCACCAACAAAACGACAGAAAUUUUCGGAAGAUGAAGAAGAACCAGCUAUUUUAGACUUAUCGAAGAAUUAAUCAUCUUCUUGUACACGAUAUUUGAAGACAUAAAUUAGAUGAUUUGGGGUCUGGAGAGCUUUAAGGUCACUUGAAUGUGAAGAAUAGGUUUCGAAGUGAUUUGGGGUUGUUCCUGACUCUGUUUAUAAACAUCACAAAAUUUUCGGAUUGUUAUUUCAAAAUUAAGGAUAAGAAAGUGAAGAUAAUGAGUUAUAGGAGACAGUAUUAAGGAUAUUUAUCAAAUCAAAAGGAGAGAAAUUGCGUUUG